CUUGACAGCACGCGCACGCGCGCGUCUCUGACAGAGAGUUUCGCCAUUUUGAAUAGAAACAUAUGAACGAUUUUUAUUUUCCGUUCCCCUUGCAUGAGAUUACACUUCUUGGUGCUGCACAGCACAAUAAUUGUUUAAAAACAACUUUGGCGCGCACGAUGGUUCUCGCUCUGAACAGAUAGUUAAGAGGAAAACGGUCUCGUUUCAGAGUGCGCGCGCGGGGCAGCAGCAGCGCCACCGCUGCACGAGCCUGACCAGCACUAACCAACAACCAGAAACAGCAGCCAGUCUACAGACACUCACAGCGGGGUGUCGGUUCUUCUGAGGCGUGAAUUCGAGGAGGGCCUGCUGGGAAGUUGACCUCAUGCAGAUUAAUGCUAGGUCAUUCUGUGCUGUCUGCAUUCUACCACUCAAAUGCCUGUCUGCCUGUGGAGGAGGUGUAACUAAGGAUUCACACAUUUCAUCAGCUGAAUGCUCUGGCAUGAUGCUGCAUCCAUGCCACUAGGUCUGUGCUUCCUGCAACAGCCACCGCCAUCAUGUUCUGGAAGUUUGACCUGAACAACACCUCCCAUAUCGACCAGCUGCUGGAUCGGGAGGAUGUGACUCUGAGAGAGUUGAUGGAAGAGGAGGAUGUCCUGCAGGAGUGCAAAGCACAGAAUCGCAAGCUCUUGCUCUUCCUCUCCAAGGAUCACUGUAUGCAGGAACUGGUUACACUCAUCACAGAGGAGCCCCCUGCUGAUCUGGAGGAGAAAACUCGCUUUAAGUUGCCAAAUAUUGCCUGUGAGCUCCUGACUUCUGAUGUGGCUCUUAUCAAUGAUAAGCUGGGUGGAGAUGAAUCCCUUUUGGAGAAGCUCUACCACUUUCUGGAGCAGGAGCCACCCCUUAAUCCCCUGCUGGCCUCCUUCUUCAGCAAGACCAUCGGCAACUUGAUUGCACGUAAAACAGACCAGGUAAUCUCUUUCCUAAGGAAAAAACACAACUUUAUCAGUCUGGUGCUGAAUCACAUUGAUGCCUCGGCCAUGAUGGACCUAUUGCUGCGCCUCAUCAGCUGUGUAGAGCCUGCACCCUUAAGAAUGGAUGUUCUCAAUUGGCUAAAUGAGGAGAGGCUCAUCCAGAGACUCACAGAGCUCAUGCACACAGGGAGAGAUGAAGAGAGACAAUCGAAUGCAUCCCAGACUCUUUGUGACAUCAUCCGUCUCAGUCGAGACCAGGCAAAUCAGCUGUCAGAGGUCACAGAACCAGACCCCUUACUUGCUGUCUUGGAGUCACAAGAGAAUGUGGCAGAGCUUUUGAAGAACAUGUUUGAAGGGGAGAGGACCGAAGCAUCUGUCGUCAAUGGAACGCAAGUGCUUCUUACGUUACUGGAGUCACGGAGGUCAGGGCUGGAGGGUCUGAUGGACCUGUAUUCUCAGGGAUGUGAAAGGUCUUACACUGUCAACAGCAGUAUUUUACGUGCUAUUGAGCCUCAUCUAAAGGACUUCCAGCAGCUCCUACUGAACCCUCCUAUGAGAAGUGCAAUACUCACUACGGUUGGCAUUCUGGAGCAGCCCCUGGGGAGCGCCCGCCUUCAUGUGGCCAGACUGGUGGCUUCUCUGCUGCAGACUUGCGACCUCAGCAUCUGCCAAGAAAUCUGCAGACUCAACACCAUGGACCUGCUGUUGGAUUUAUUCUUUAAAUACACCUGGAAUAAUUUCUUGCACUUGCAAGUGGAGCUGUGUGUAGCAUCCAUCAUGAACCACUCUGCCCACACGGACCUCCAAAACCCAGGCCUUCAAAACCACGAGGAGAGGCCAGCUAUGGACACAGGAAGCCAGGCUCAGGAGGGAACACCUGGGCAAAACAGCAACUCAGACCCAGCUACCACACCCAUUCAAGAUGCUCUUGUUGCCAAUCUCUUCCAGCAUUGCCGUCUGGUGCAAAGGAUUCUAGAUGCCUGGGAGGAAAAUGAAAAAAUCCAAUUACCAUGCAGGAAUAAGAGUGUUGGACAGAUCAUCCCUGGAUGGGGGUCGGUAGUGGGGAUUAAGGGCAGUGGUCAUCUCUCUGUAUUAAAUAAAGGAUUUUUUUUGACAAAUUUAAUAGCACGUUUUUUAAACACAUCAAGUAAAGACAUAAUUUUUUCACAUGACUUACAUUUUUUUUACCAGAACCAUGGAGAUUCCACAGUGGAAAAAGAAUGCAGUCCCUUGACCACAAAUUUGGUCACAGCCCUGUGGAAUUCCUCCACCUUCUCCUUUGUCAAAGUAGCCUUCUUUGCCAAGGGUUGGUCUGACUGGGGCCGGGGACGCCCACACUGCCAGCUGAUGUCCGCAAGCUGUCGAACACGGUGCAUCCCUCUGCUUCGAAGUUUAUCGCGUGUCCACAAAUGUUUCAUUAGGGCUGAAGGGGGCAGACGGAGGGGAAACAUGGGUCACUUGACAAGAAUUGCAAACACUGUGGUUCAGAAUCUGGAGAAAGGGCUGGCUCACUCCCAAAUUAAUGAUCUAAUUAAAGAGCUACCUGAGGACUGCAGAGGUCGCUGGGAGAGUUUUGUGGGUGAGACUCUGAGAGAGACCAACAGGAGAAACACAGUGGAUUUGGUGAGCACCCAUAACUUGCACUCAUCUAGUGAAGAUGAUGACAUGGAGAGUCCCUUCCCCAAUGAUCUCUCUAUCCAGCAGGCGUUCUCAGAUUACCAGAUUCAGCAGAUGACUGCCAACUUUGUGGAUCAGUUUGGCUUCAACGAUGAGGAGUUCAGUGAACACGAUGAAAACAUAAAUGCUGCGUUUGAUCGAAUUGCUGAAAUAAACUUCAAUAUAGAUGCAGAUGAUCAUAGUGCCAAUGCUGCAGCUUUUGAGGCAUGUUGUAAAGAGAGAAUCCAGCAGUUCAAUGACUGUGAGGAAGAGGAGGAUAUCUGGGAUGAAAAAGAAAUCAACUAUGCAACGCAAAUCAAAUCUAGAACAAGGUUUGGGGUGUCUCUUUCUUCAGACAGCUCACCCAGGAGUGCCGUAAAGAAUGGGGGUGGAGGCUGCAGGUCGGCCUCUGAGGAAGAGGAUGUUGAGGAAGAGUCCAGUCCUCCCUCCACACACACAGCAGCCGGCAGGACUCCAGAGUCCCUGCAAAACCCAGGGUGGACAACGAGUUUUGGCGAGACAGAGGAGAGCUCGUCUAGUGCCUGGGGUGCCUCCCCUCAGCAAGGUGGCGAGGGCCAGCAGGAGACGGGCUGGGCAACCUUCACAGAGUUCCAGCCUUUCAGCAGCACAGAGUCCAGGCAAACUGAUGGACAGCCUCAACAAGGCCAAGAGAAGAACUCUGCUGGUGGUGGUUCGGCUACAGGAGCGUGGGAGGCAAGUCCUGAGCAGAAAGCUCCUCUGGUGGCUUCAGACAGCAGCUCGUCUGGAGGCUCAGGCACUGAAGAGGACCCUGGAGAGAAUAAGACCAAGGGCUCCUCUAAAACAGCUGCCAGCCAGACAACACCACCCACGAGCGGGGUGUCUACUGAAGCUCUGGAGAAGCUCAGCAUCAAUGACAGAGCUGAUUGCAGUGAGUCUUCAGCACCUACAGAAGACUCAGACACCACUGUGAUGGAGACGAGAGUUGAGGCACCUUCUUCAGCUGAGAUCACACCUAAUGGACCGGUCUGAAGGCUCUGGAUAAGAGUCCAAUUUAAAGGCGGGCCGACCCACUCUCCGCCUCUUCCAUUCUGAACCCCUAAACCUCAAUACCACUUUUGGUGUUUAAAUAAAGAAUGCUGCCAUGUUAUUGCUCCUGGAUACUGCCAAUCAGCCCAUCAUUGGAGGAAGAACCGAGGGGCAUGUAACACAAACCAGUAACCAGUACAGUGCUCAGAGGUGUUAGUCUUUUAAUCCUUUCAACUUUGUAUGAGAUAUGCACAGUUUUAAAUGUAGCAGUGACCGUGUGAUUACAGGAUCUGUCAGGAUUUUUUUUUUUUUUCUUUGUUUGUCUGCCUCCCUUCAUUUUUCUGGAUUAUUUUUUGCUCAUAGCCUUCGAUGGUAGAAAACAGGGAUGUGAAGUCCCUACUUGGAAAGCACAGGCUCAUCCUUCAUGGCAUAACAUAAUUACAUCCUCAUGCAAAAUCAUAAACCUUGUCGCCUGACACUCACCUCUGCAACAUUUUGCUAUAUGUUGAAACACAAUUGAAGUGUGCCAUAUUGCUUGAGACUUUUUUGCAUCGGUUACCACCAUGCCAAGGUUUUUUUUUUUAUGGAUUAUUAUGGCCUAAUCUCAUGAAAUCAUGUAUUUGAAUUUUCUGAAGUGCUUUGGGGAGGUUGAAGAAAAUUUUCAAGUUUGAGUUGAUAUUUCAGCUCAAAGAUGGUGUCAAUGUUGGCACUUGUGCAAUAAUGUUUAGCCAUUUAAUUUACAUUUCGGACUCAUUCGGAAGCUAUAUGUUAAAGGUGGGGCUGUGCCUAUUUGAAUUAUUCUGGCUCUUGUUUUUCAUUGCAUGCAAAGCGCUAUUUAUCAAGCAUAAACAAGCAACCGUUUUCCCGACAAUGUUUUAACUAGUUAGUCAAGACCUUCUGAUUGUAUUGAAUUGCAUUCGUCCAUUUUUUUUUCUCCCCUCAGAUCAACCAAACAGUAUCUACCUAGUUAUAUUUCUAGUCUAUUUUGUGCUUAAUGUUAAGCUUUUCCAAAAUGGAAUCAUGGGUUUUAAGCAAAAAGCUAAAAGUAAUCAUUAUAACCUUUGCCUUAAGUUACGAAUCCUUCAAAAUCCCUGUAAGAGGACAGAAGGGUUUGCCUCUAAAAAGCAAACAGGCUUUUUUGUCUUUUUUUAAAUGUCAGCAGGUCAUAAAAUAACUGCUCCCAUAAUGUUACUCUUGUCUCUAAGCCCAGACAUGGCACAAUUUUUUUUUUCCAGAGGCCAAGCAAUUUUGCCCCAACACCCUAUGAAAUGCUCCACAGGACAGUGUUAUGCAUCAUCAGACUAUUUUUUUAGAACUCUCGCUAUAUGCUGUCAGAAAAAGAUUUUAAAAUCGUCUCAGAACUUUCCGGUAGCUUGUGUGGAAAUACCAAGAUCCACCUCUUGUAUUAUUUCAUCUUGAACAUCAUGUGAUUUAUUUUCUUACAGGAUUUUCUUAUCACGUCUGUUCUCACGUAUCAUAUCUCUACAAUUUUAUGAUGGUACCAAAUCUGUUGGAUUACAGGAUUGGGAUGUUGCAUUAUUUAUUUUGCAUUUAUUGAGGUGUUAGUGUGGAGACCCAGUCUCCCAUCAUGCAUUGGAACACCAUGAGUUUCUGCUCUUCAAGGUCUUUCUGCCUCUGGAGUGUCAAUCCUCCGUAGACUCUGCUUCUUCUAUCCAUGACAUUUUCAAAUAGGUUUGUUUCCAAAGCCAAAAGUAUAUACAGUUGAAAUCAGAAGUUUACAUACACCUUAGCCAAAUACAUUUAAACUCAGUUUUUCAUAAUUCCUGACAUUUAAUCAUAGAAAACAUUCCCUGUCUUAGGUCAGUUAGGAUCACUAUUGUAAGAAAGUGAAAUGUCAGAGUAAUAGUAGAGAGAAUGAUUUAUUUCAGCUUUUAUUUCUUUCAUCACAUUUCCAGUGGGUCAGAAGUUUACAUACACUUUGUUAGUAUUUGGUAGCAUUGCCUUUAAAUUGUUUAACUUGGGUCAAACAUGUUGGUAGCCUUCCACAAGCUUUUCACAAUAAGUUGCUGGGAUUUUGUCCCAUUCCUCCAGACAGAACUGGUGUCACUGAGUCAGGUUUGUAGGUCUCCUUGCUCACACAUGCUUUUUCAGUUCUGCCCACACAUUUUCAGAUUGAGGUCAGGGCUUUGUGAUGGCCACUCCAGUACCUUGACUUUGUUGUCCUUAAACCAUUUUGCCACAACUUUGGAGGUAUGCUUUGGGUCAUUGUCCAUUUGGAAGCUUUAAAGCCGAGCUUUAACUUCCUGGCUGAUGUCUAGAGAUGUUGCUUCAAUAAAUCCACAUAAUUUCUCAUGAUGCCAUCUAUUUUGUGAAGUGCACUCGUCCCUCCGGCAGCAAAGCACCCCCACAAUAUGAUGCUGCCACCCUCAUGCUUCAUGGUUGGGAUGGUGUUCUUCAUCUUACAAGCCUCACCCUUUUUCCUCCAAACAUAACAAUGGUCAUUAUGACCAAACAGUUAAAUUUUUGUUUCAUCAGACCAGAGCACAUUUCUCCAAAAAGUAAGAUCUUUGUCCCCAUGUGCACUUGCAAACCGUAGUCUGGCUUUUUUUUAUGGCAGUUUUGGAGCAGUGGUUUCUCCUUGCUGAGCAGCCUUUCAGGUUAUGUCGAUAUAGGACUCGUUUUACUGUGGAUAUAGAUACUUGUUCUGGGAUUGAUUUGCACUUAUCGCACCAAACUAUGUUCAUCUCUAGGAGACAGAAUGCAUCUCCUUCCUGAGCGAUAUGAUGGCUGCAUUGUCCCAUGGUGUUUAUACUUGCAUACUAUUGUUUGUACAGAUUAACGUGGUACCUUCACACGUUUGGACAUUGAUCCCAAGGAUGAACCAGACUUGUGGAGGUCAGCCAAUCUUGGCUGAUUUCUUUUGAUUUUCCCAUGAUGUCAAGCAAAGAGGCACUGAGUUUGAAGGUAGGCCUUAAAAUACAUCCACAGGUACAACACCAAUUUAUUCCAAUUAGCAAAUUAGCCUAUCAGAAGCUAAUUGGCUAAUUGCCUAAAGGCUUGACAUCAUUUUCUGGAAUUUUCCAAGCUGCUUAAAGGCACAGUUAACUUAGUGUAUGUAAACUUCUGACCCACUGGAAUUGUGAUCUAGUCAAUUAAAAGUGAAACAAUCUGUCUAUAAACAAUUGUUGGAAAAAAUUACUCAUGUCAUCCACAAAGUAGAUGUCCUAAAUGACUUGCCCAAACUAUAGUUUGCUAAUAUUUAAUCUGUGGAGUGGUUAAAAAAAUUAGUUUUAAUAACUUCAACCUAAGUUUAUGUAAAAUUCUGACUUCAACUGUAUUUGCUUUUAUUUUCUUUAACUGUUUCUAAAAUCUUAUUUUUAACUUUAAUCAAUAUUAUUUUACAAAUUGUAGAGAUUCUAAUUUAUGUGAUCUUCAGCAACCAAAAUAUUGCUCUGUUCAAUUCUG